AUGCCUAUGCGUGGCUUCGUAGGGCCGCAGUACUCGAACGUGGGAUUCAGGUACGGGUACAUCGGCGUUCAACCAAACCCCACGGUGCACGCACCCGCAUCUGUCGUGACGCCUCCUGUCGCUGCGUCAACACAAUUCCCCAGCGCGAUUCAUCCGGAAAGCCAGCCAGCGGUGCAAGCCCUGCCAGACCCUAGAGAAGCAUUAGGUGUCGGUUUGGACACACGAGCGCGAACAGACGGCCCAUCAUCGAACGCAGUUGCCGGUGGUUUAGGGCAUGCGGUGAAUGGUGGAGCGGGGAUGAAUGCAAGCGUGCGUGCACAUUCGCCGCCAAUAUGGAACGUGAACUCACUGUUGCCCGGAAACCCCGACGUCCACAUCCGCACCCCCACGCAUCCGAUUGUAGCGUACGCGACUGGUGUAGGUGGGCAACCACAGGCGAACGCGGGGAACGCGGGGCGUGGAGCGGGUGCAAGCGGAAACGCGGUAAGGGGAAGAGGGACGGGUGCGAGAGGGAACGCGGGAGGAGGGACAGGGGAGAGAGGGAACGCGGAUAGAGGGAGAGGUGCGAUACGAAGGGGUGGGAGAGCGAGCGCAGGACGUGCGACAGGUGUGGGAGCAAACAAGAAUAGUGCGAACGGGCAGGGAGCGCAUGGGGUGACAGGUAACGGCGGCAGGGGUAGCGGUGUUAACGCGAACGGCGGGUCCGGUAACGGGCCAGUUAAUAGACCGCGUAUAAGGAGGCGGAGAGUCGAUGUAGUGCCGCACACGGCACGCAAUGGCUCCUGGGAGGGGAGCGAGGGGACAAGCGAUGAGGAUGACGAGGACGGCGCUGACGAUGCGGACGAUAGUUGGAAUGACGAUGACGAAAACUACCUAUCGAACUCGCUGUCCGCGCUCAACGAGGAGGAGGCGGAAGACAACGAACGGGUGCGGGGUACGCGGAGGGACAUUGAGGUCCCUAUCGCUGAUUGGAACAGGCUAGGUGUGGACGACACGCCGGCCGCGAAACGAGAGAUGUGCUACGGAAUCCUCUACGGUGUCUCGGAGGCCACGCUGAAGAAGUAUCGCGGUUGGGCCAACGAGUACAAGCGGUUCAUGGCUCACGAGCUGCCUAAACUGGGCGCGGGUAGGUUUGGUGAUGAGGCCGCGCUGAGAAACGCGAACCCCGACGAGAUUGGGGUCGCGCUCGAACAGAACAUGGGUGGUGACUGGAAGAUGGCGGAGGGCGACGAGCAGUGGUUCCACGGCCCUGAGACGAAUCCGUGGCGCUUACGCAAAUACGUGACCUUCCUCGCGAACGAGACAGUCGCGCAGGCGGACAGGAUGGCCACACUCAAGCGGCCGCAGAAGACCUUGAAGAAGAGGCGCCAGUGCACCCCGGCAAUGCUGAUGGGGCGUCUCAAGGCUUUGAACCUGCUCAUCAAGCUGGACGGGACGAUCUUCAGGAAGCCCGUUCUGAACCUGCUGCGCGACUUUGCAGAGUGUCGCAUCUGGGUCCGCGUUCAAGUACGCGACCAAUACAAGCGGUUUAUCGCGACGGGCAAGACAAACAAGGACUUCUUGCUCAACUACAUAUCUGCUGUGAGGCACAUAGAUUGGACGCUGUGCGCGGUCGGAGCGACGCUGCUGUGGCUGCACUGGGUGUACGACUUGGUUCCCAUCCUCUAUGAGGACAUAGCCCCCCCUCUCGACUUCACGGAACCCUCCACGUGGUACGAUCAAUACCUGUUCUUCCCCCUUCGCGCGGGCAACGAGAAGCAAAUACCGCCCACGACUCAUCACGACUGGGCGGCGAAAAUUCUCCAGGACGUGGGAAUCACAUGCUCGCGUGCGGUUCACGCGACCAGGGCUGGGGGGGCGCAGCAAGCGUCCGCGGACGGAAUGCCUUCGGAACAGCUGGCGAGGCUGGGGGGUUGGCGCUUCAUCGACGUGAUGACUAAGCACUACCUCACAACCAUUCCAAGGGAGGCCGUGCUGCUGAAGGCGGGCUUCACCGGGGUUGACGGUGACUACUUCCUGGGUCGCGCAACUGUUCCGGUCAACGAUCAGCUGGAUGAGCUACUGAGGAAGCACAUUUUCCCAUGGGCCGCCACGGACAAAGGACAGCAACAGUGCAAGGAUUACAACCGCAGGAUGGUGGAAACGCAGAAGCCGGAGAAGCAGGACACCGCGGGGCUAAACAUACUGAAGGAGCUGGAUGGGGACGUUAGGAUGGCGGUCGUUUUAAGACCUGGCGAUGUAUUACAUCCACCAGCCGUAACACCCGAGGUGAGUACCAGAAUGGACGCGCAGAACCAAGUGACCGUCCUCACUGAGUACCUGACUCGUUCACAAGCGGACAACACAAGACUGGGCCUGGAGUUGGUCGCGCCUCAUAAACGGGUGAAAGAGCUGGAGGGGCUGCUGGAGGAUCGCGAUCGGAAACUGGCCGAGAAGGACGAGCGCGUGAAUGAUUUGGAAGCCCAGCUGUCGCGGCUCACCGUGAGCAGCUCAAGGCCGACCGCGGUUCCGAACCAGGCAACCACUCCUGGAGCCGCGGCCGCGUCGACCAAUGCCUCAGGUCCCACCGAGCAGGAAACGCAGAAGAAACCCGCAGCGCCCACCAGGGAACAGACGAUUCGGGACGCGAUCGUCCUUCCAUGGGUCAACGCCACCAAACCGUCAGACGGAUGGAAGCUGUACAAGACAACGCACCCGCUGAUCCUCGAGAGUCCAGAGUCGCUUCCGGCCCAACCCCGCGGCGCAGUUUCGCGAAUGGCCGCGCUCAUUGGGGAGGAGGGAGGCGGCCAGAACGCGAUAAACCGUGUUAAGCGAAUCAUGAACUUCAUCGCCCACAGGGUGGAGCAAGGAGACGACAUCGCGGUAGUGCUCGACAAGCUUGACCUCAUGUCAGGUGCUGUGGGCAUGUCGGGUGUAUCGGAAGGGAUCGCGGUAAAGAAGAAGAGUGUUGACAUGGAACUGAGCCAGCUCAAGAAGGGCUCUCCAGUGGAGGUGCAGUUGCGUGUGAAAUGGAUGCUUGUUCGCGACCGUCUCAUCAAUGCCUCUCUUCCCGCUUCUGAGUUCACGGUCGCGUGGCCCCAGUACUGUGCGCUCAUGCCAGACUUGCAGUAA